AAUCCAGUAGUUCGGAUGAAGAUACACCAAAAUUAAAAACCAAAAAAUCAAAAUCGAAUCUUGUACCCAAAGAAUCCAAACUUACUACUGAUGAGAUUGAACUAGCCAAUAUUAUCACGCAAAUUAGAUCCAAAUAUCAAUGCAACAUUCACGCUACACUUUGUUAUAUUGAAGAUGAUAAACAUCUUGCAUUAAUACCUGCACGCCUAUAUUU